CUCACGUAAUGCCUUCCCUACUCUUCCUUCCUCCUCGAGUUCCACCCUACGAAACGGCAAACAAGGAAGACUCCGUCUUCUUCUUCCUUCGAUAUUUCUCACUUUCUCUUUCUAGCAUGGAGUACCUUAUAUAACUUCUCGAUUGAGAGGGAGCUCGGAGCAAAGUUCUUGCUCUUUGUUCCCUUUCUUUGUGGAUUCUUGUCGGGAGAGGAGAGAGAUGGCGGCGGCCGCGGUUAAUGGAGUCUUCGCCGGAGCGGUGAUCGCGGUUCUGGUUGUUAUUCGGGCGGCGGCGUGGAAUGAUGGGUCUCAGCUGACGAUGGUAUUGGAAAGGGGGAUGCCAACGAAGGCGCCGGUGGAGGUGCUGAGGGCAAGGGAUCGCUUCAGGCAUCGAAGAAUACUACAGGGUGCAGCUGCGCCGAGUUACGGCGUUGUUGAUUUCCCUGUUGAAGGGUCCUGGAAUCCCUUCACCGUAGGAUUAUAUUUUACUCGUGUGAAGCUUGGCAAUCCUGCAAAGGAGUUUUAUGCAAAGGAGUUUUAUGUUCAGAAGAUUGAUACUGGAAGCGAUAUCCUCUGGGUGACAUGCAAUCCUUGUACUGGUUGCCCUACUAGCAGUGGGCUAAAUAUCAAGUUGGAGUCUUUUGAGCCGGACCAAUCAUCUACAUCUUCAACUCUCUCUUGCUCAGAUCAAAGAUGUUCAUCAGCCAUCCAAACUGGAGAGGCAACCUGCUCCUCAUCAGAUUCUUCAAGCUCUUCUUGUUCUUACUCUUUCCAGUAUGGUGACGGAAGUGGUACAUCUGGUUAUUAUGUGUCUGAUACUUUACACUUUGACAUAGUUACUGGGAAUGAGCAAAGGUUGAACUCUUCAGCUACCAUUCUUUUUGGAUGUAGCAAUUCACAGUCGGGAGACUUAACCAAAUCUGAUCGAGCAAUUGAUGGGAUAUACGGUUUUGGACAACAUGAAUUAUCUGUUAUCUCACAGUUGUCAUCUGCAGGAGUUGCACCAAAAGUGUUUUCUCAUUGUUUAAAAGGGUCAGAUAAUGGUGGGGGGAUUCUUGUUUUAGGAGAAAUUGUUGAACCGGGCAUUGUCUAUACGCCACUUGUUCAAUCAAAGCCUCACUACAACUUAAAUCUUGAAAGCAUUUCCGUCAAUGGGCAAACACUAUCCAUCGAUUCGUCAGUGUUUACAACUUCAAAUACACAAGGAACAAUUGUUGACUCUGGCACUACCUUGGCCUAUCUAGCAGAAAAAGCAUAUGAUCCCUUUGUUAAUGCAAUUGUUGCUUCAGUUUCACAAACACUAGUAAAUUCAUUUGUUGCUAAAGGAAAUCAGUGCUUUCUCACAGCUAGCAGAGUUGAUGACGUUUUUCCACCAGUUUCACUUAAUUUUAUGGGAAAUGCAUCCAUGAUAUUGAAACCGGAAGACUACCUUUUUCAGCAGGGCUCUGCUGGUAAUGGCAUUAUUUGGUGUAUCGGCUGGCAAAAGAGUGAUGGUGAAGGGAUAACUAUAUUAGGAGAUAUCAUUCUUAAGGAUAAGGUAGUUGUUUAUGACCUGGCUAACCAAAGGAUCGGCUGGACAAGCUACGACUGUUCUCAGCCUGUUAAUGUUUCGACGAGUUCAGGUAAGAACGAAUACCUCAAUUCAAAUCAGCUGGACACGUCGGCAUCUGGUAAAUAUCCAAAACUGCUACUUUUAAGCUCUGUAGCUACUGUUGUGCAUAUCUUGGUAGCUGCAGCUUUGUUAUCAUAGAACACAACAUGAAGAUGUGCACUGUUAUAGCUGUGCUCCGUUUUGAUUAUGCUGAUUUCGGAGCUGCAUGCUUCUCAUCUUCAGUAUUCUUGCCUUUUUCUCUUAUAGGCGUUGUUGUAAAUUAGUUUUUCUUACCAUUGGUGAUAGUCAUACCUGGCUUUGUGUACAUAUUUGCUUUUAUUUUUCCAUUUUAAUUUACAGUUAAUCAUUGUUGUAAUUCAUUCAAAACUUAUAUGAUUGAGAGGCACGAUCAUUGAAUGCCUCAAAUACUUAUAGAUUACUUGGGGACAUGAAAUAUAUUGUUGAUAUGGUAGAGAAGUUUACUAAUUGAA